CAAAAUUCUUAUUGGUGAAUAAAAGGCUCUUACUAAAAAAAAAAAAAAAAAAAAAAAAAAAUUUUCUCUCAAGCAAGAUAACCAAGGUAGCCGCAAGCCUUGUUCGUGAUUAGUUCUCUUCACCGGCGUUGCUCCUCUGACUGCCUGCGUUCCUGAUUGUAGCUACUACUAAAGUGAGAUCUCUCCAAUGAAUCUACUUUUCCGGUGGCGUAAUUGUUUUCCGGCGAGUCUUUCACUUGAAAUGACUUUCCUUUUUCUCUCGAAUGCGAGCCACUCUCGUCGCUUACCGUCGUCUUCGGUCGCCUUCCUCCUUCUGAGGCCACCUUGUGCACCACCACCAGAGCCUCCAUCUCCGCCGACUCCACCGGAACCACCGGAUCCACCAGAUUCUCAGAUCUGCUUCACUUUUGCUGAUUCUUAUGCUCAGUCGUUGAGCUCCUCUUCCCUCCCAGAUUUGGUCUCGCUCAUUCUCCAUAUCUCCUCCGCCAUAUCUGAAUCUCCGUCACCGACCUCUUCGAUCACUGAUUUUUUCAUUGAUGUUUUCCUUCUCGCCGACGACACCACUUUUCUUCCUCAGUAUUUCCCUCAGUUACAGGGAGCAUUGUGUGCAAUACUGAUCUGCUUGAAGUAGAAGCGAGGAUUGUUGUUCAAGACUGUUCUCAUUCAGCCUUUGCCGAUUGUUUGACGUUAGUGUCAUUGGAGGCUUUGUUUCCUCCUUAUUGUGGUUUCGACAAGGUCUUCCAAGCUAAAGGUGUUUGCUUUUUUGGAUGCUCUUGGUUAGUUGCUGCUUUGCUAGAACCUUUGGGUUCACCCUUGUCCCCAAGUCUCUUUUUGAGCAUUGUUGUUGCUAGCUUUCGCUUAUGUUUGAUCUCUAUGUUUGUCGAUGCUUUAGCUUUUCCGACUUGUUGUUGCUAUGUUGUAUCCUCUGUUGGUAGAGGUUAAAACUCUUUCUCUUUUAUGAUAAGAUAAGUUUGCCCAAAAAAAAAAA